AUGGAAUACGUAAAGCUGGAAGCGGAACCGGAAGAAAGAACUUCAAUCUGUGGUAGACUAACGUUUGGCUUUUUAUCGAGUAUUAUCGAAACAGGAAACAAACGACCUCUAGAGGAGAACGACAUUCCUUCCCUAGAUGUUGAAAGCACCAAGUAUUUGACUGAAAAACUGGAAUUAGAAUGGAAAAACGAAGUUGAAAUCGGGAGAGUCCGAAGUUCUAAACCUCGUUUGAGAAACGCAGUCCUAAGGGCCGUCGACAAAUACUUACUGUCUCUGAUUGUACUACUAGCAAUUUUAGAGACAUUAUUUACAAUGAUUCAGCCUGUCCUACUAAGCUUUCUCCUGGCUGAGAUGUCCUAUAAUUCCCCCGUUGAUGUGGGGAUGCUGCUUGUUUAUUCAACACCGCUCUGUGUAAGUUGUUUUAUUCAAGCGUUGGUUUCCCAUCAAGGUAGUUAUGCCAUGUUUCUGAUGGCAGUUCACGUUAAAGCCUCCUUCAUUGGCAUAGUUUACAAGAAGGUAGGUGGAUGAUGAGUUUUUGCCGCUUAAAUGUCAAAAUAAGUUAAGCUUAACCAGCAAAGAAACUGUGAAUAGAUGUCGCAUCUGUCUUCUGAUAAGCGAAUAUGUAUUAGGCUAAAACCUAAAAAAUUUUACCCAUUUUACAAUUAACAGCUAUUUUCUUUCCAUUACCAUUACAAGACAGAUUUUUACUGAUAACUCUUUUGCAAACUUUUAUUUCUCACGCCCAUGGGAAACACUCCUUACUGAAGGUGGAUAGUAUGUGUGAUACGCUAAGAAUUUUUCAGUAUGCAUAGGCUUCUUGUAUAAGCCGAUGGUUAGACAUCAGCCAAAUUCUCUUGAGACUGCAGUGUCGAAGGAGGCGAAAACGUGGUGUUUCCAGAUUUCAGACUUGUGGGAUCAUGCGGAUAAAGUUAUUACUUGCUCUGAGAACUCUCCAUGUUUAGGUUCGCAAUAACAGAGGAAACCGGACCGUAGUCGAGACAUCGCGAUCCACAUCGAAAACGAUUACACUAUGAGACAAACGAUUAAAAUGUCUUUUACAAAUGUCAAGAUUAUCAUCAAUUUUAUCUUGUUGCAACUGAACAACUUUUAUCCACAUUUCUUUUUUGCGGGUUUGAUAAUACACAAAAUUCAAAGUUGAACUUCACCUUAUCAUUAAUUAUCUUGUGCCUUUUCCUUUUCUUGCAGAUUCUGAACACGCGCCAUCAUAUUCUUGCCGAAAGAACUUCAGGGUAUUUGAUAAACUUGAUCUCUAAGGACAUGGUCCCGAUCCAUCAAGUUUUCUCUAACUUUAGAUCGCUUUCUGCUCCUCUGGAGAUACUUCUCGUUUUCUCUCUUUUGUGGAACUUAGUAGGCUGGCAAACAUUUGGAGGUGUGGUCUUUUCAAUAGCUCUCAUCUUCUUUCAAACGACUCUGGGAAACGUUUUCAAAAGUCUUCAGGACAAGGUCGCCAGGAUAACGGACAAGAGACUGCGUCUGAUACAUGACGUCAUUUCCGGUAUACGUGUACUAAAAAUUAAUGCUUGGGAAUGGUGCUUUCAUGAUUUGGUUUCCGAAGUUAGGAGGUAUGAGUUUCCUUGCGAAAAAAAGUUCAUGCUCUAUAUAUGCUGAUAACAUCCUGUUUGAAAAAAAAGAAAAUUGUAAUCACUCGUCAUCAGAGCUGGGAAAACAGCUUAAGAUAUAAACACCAUAUAAAUUCAUUUUACAUCUUUAUAUUCUCAGGUUUGCUAACCGUGACAUGAAAUUUCUGUGGUAUUAGUUUUUGCUGCUUUUAAGUACAGUCCUCCAUUCGCAAAACUGAAAUCCCGAAAAUUAAAGAAAAAAUCAGUCAUCAAAACAUCGUAGUCCAAUAUAUGCAAUAUACUUGCAACUUAAGCGUCAGUUCGUGUUUUUUUCUUUAAGACUCACCCAAUGUAUCUAUUAACAAUUCUAACAAAUUAACUCGGCAAGGUGGAUAACUUUAAAUACUGCGCCACUAACUUGAUUAAAACAUUGUCCUUAACCUUUUUCUCGGUUUUUUUCCAAAGACUUUCCUCUUCGUCAAUUGUCAAUUUUUUGGACGCCAUUCUAGCCUCAGGCAUCAUUCACUGAUGUUAACUCUCCUUAAAGAACUCCCUGAGUCUCUAUGGAAUCGUAGAAACUUGACUUUAAAGCAAAGCAUCAAUUACAAAAUUUGAAAGUAAUGUUAUGAGCGAGAUUUCUCAUCGUACGUCUCUACAAAAAUUAGGCUAACAUCAAAGAAAUAUGAGACAAACUGGCCUAGCAGACUGUUAUUGGGAAGUACUUGUCUCUCGUCUAGUGAAUCCAUCUAAAUCGCACCACCUGUCUAACACUAUUCUGAUCAAAUGCCUAAGUUCCAAAAAUCUUGAUCUUCUGAUAUUUACCUCUAGAAUGGAAAGGCGCACCACACGGGUAGGGAACCCUUUCGCAUUCCCGCUUAAAGGGCGAAGCCGCCUGCUAACUCCAACUUGGGAAUAACUACCUGACUUGCCUGUGAAUGUUCUAACCAUUAUCAUCAUAUUCUAUUCCUCUCAGAUUAGAGCUCAACAUUGUGUACAAGAAAGGAGUUAUUUUAGCUGGUUACCUCUCGGCGUAUUCCUGUUACCCAAUAGUGUCCAGUUUUGUCGCUUUGUUUCCGUUUCUCAUGGCUGGGAAUCAACUUACAGCUCAAAAUGUCUUCACUACUUUGGCUCUGCUGGGUGCGCUCCAAAAACCAGUCACUGUUCUGUUUUCGUAUGAGCUUCGCGCUCUUUUUCAAGCAUUUACAACACUUGAACGAGUAGAGUCGUUUCUUCUUGAUGAUGAUUGCGAUGCACCGUUGUCUUCCACUCAAAAAUGGAAUCCAUUUCAAUCAAAGGACCCAACUGGUACAAGCGAAACACAAUUAAACGAAUAUCAGUUUUCAGCGGUGGAACCAACUUUUCUGACGAAUCAUGUUUGUAAUAAAGGCAAGCCUUUCCUUUGUUUAAACAGAGUUAAAGCCCAUCCAAAGAGUGACUUUUUCAAUUUAAGUCUAUGCAUUUCCAAUUCUAAGUUGAUUGGAAUCACAGGCCCGGUGGGUUGCGGAAAAUCGACUCUUUUUGAUCUUAUCCUUGGCGAAAUACCAUCAGAUUAUGGUCAAAUUACUCAUCAGGGACAAAUUGCUUACGUUUGCCAAACACCUUGGGUGUUUUCGGGAACAAUCCGCGAAAACAUCAUUUUUGGAAAGGAGUUCAUCCAAGAUACUUUUGAAAAAGCUAUCGAGGCUUGUUCGCUGAAGGAAGAUAUGAAGUCUCUUUCCUGUGGUGAUCUGACUUAUGUCGGGGAACGCGGGGUAAGUUUGAGUGGCGGUCAGCGUGCACGGCUAAACUUGGCACGUGCAGUGUAUUCUGAUGCCGACAUUUAUCUUUUGGAUGAUCCGCUUAGCUCUGUUGACGCAAAAGUGUCGAAUGAAAUCUUUCAGAGGUGUAUUUGUGGCACUUUGUCCGAUCGGAUCCGACUGUUAAUUACCCAUCAAGCUCGUUUUCUUGGAAAGACAGAUCUGGUUCUUUUGAUGGACAAGGAAAGCAAGUUGACUAAAGGUAUUUAUAGAGAGCUUAGUCAAUUGGAGGAAUUCUGUGAAAUUUCUGCAACAGUACCCUUUGCUAAAGCAAACGAAAGAGGCCUUUCUAGUAAUCUGGUGCCACACGGAGCUCCGAUGACAAAGACUGGUAACUCCUCUCGUUUGGAAAUCGAAGAAGAAGAUCGCCUGACUGGUUCCGUUUCUUAUAAAACUUACUGGAGGUACCUUGCAUACGGAGUGUCAAAGUUCUUCAUAAUGAUCUGGGGAGCUUUAGUAGUUUUACCUGAAGGUUAGUGAAAUAUAAUCAUUGCAGAAAACACUUGGCACAUUUACAUAUAAGACCUAAUCUAGAAAGCAAAUCCCGCCAUCUAAGCUAUCUAACCAGGAGGGAUGCUGGUUUAGGGAAAAUUCAAGACAGUUAUGCAAAACCAAGAGGCAGGAAAGGGUUGGGAUAACUUUUGAAAAUUAGAUGGAGCUAAGAAAUGACGAGAAUAUCUUUUGUUACCGUUACAAAUUAUUCUCCAUGAAAACUGCGGGAAACUAACUCGACAGACCCCUGCCCAGCACAGUAGCCUAACCUUGCACAAUCAGCCUCCACAAAAAUGCAACUAUGCUAACUUUUGCGCGGUGGCAAAAAUUCAAGGAUUUGUAUGGGAAUAAAUGGUCGCACUCCCAAUCAAAAAUUCUGAAGUAUUUUUGGAUUAAAAACAAACUUACCCUGCUUAAGUGGUUGUUCUUUUUUAUCUUGUAAGAUGUCUUAGCUUAGUUCGGGCCUUUUAAUCAGCUCGGUUUUAGUCGUAUUUCGCCCAUUGCGCAAUGUAAACAUAUUUGCAUAUUAACGGAGGCUCAAUGUGCGAGUUUGGUCUACCUGUGGUAGUAACUAACAUUUUCUUAAUCAGUGGAGGCCUCCUGAGAUUCGAGUUUCCUCACAGUGAUAAAUUCUAACUCAUGCUUUUGAUCCAUGCUCCUGUUUGGCGUUUCCUUGUUUCUUCAGUUGAUGUCGUCUUCACUUUUACACGUUAUUGUGAUGUCUUCUAGUCAAUUCCAUAAACAGAUGGUCAACAUUGAAGUCGCCUUAAAAUUGUUUGUCCUAUCCCUCUUAGGUGCAAACAAUAACUUCAAAGAAAUAUCCACCAAUUUUGGUCAAUUUGUUUAAAAUCAUCAUUAAUCGAUCAAGCCUGCUCUUUAACAACAUUUAGAAUACCUCAUGGAAAGUCUGCACGUAUGGUAUGGUCGUAUUUACGCACGAGAAGGUGGUAUCGGAAAUCGAAUGAGUGGGCGCAGCGAACGAGUGAGAUUUCUGAAACAUAUGGUGAUUUUGUUGAAUGUUUGAAUAGGUAGUCAGAAGAAGGUUCUGUUUGUUAUGGGCUGCUCUGCCGUUGAAUAACAAUUAUUUUGUGUGUGUGCUGAAGUGGUUAUAAAUUAAUUUACCUACCAAAAGAAACUCAAGGGCUCGAAACUGUCCAUUUCCUUGUUGACAGGAGCUGUUUUAGCUUCCAGCUUUUGGCUUGCAUAUUGGACAAAGCAAUCGUGGGAAGAUCAGCAGAAAGCUGACAACGCUUAUGUCUAUAUCUGUCUAGCGAGUGGCUGCUUCAUCUUCGCUUUAACCCGCUCCUUUCUUUCCUUCUACGGAAUGAUCAAGAGUUCUUCCCGCCUGCAUGCCGCCAUGCUGACUUCAUUGUUGAAAACUCCCGUUUCUUUCUUUGAUGUGAAUCCAGCUGGUCGUAUCUUAAAUCGCUUCGCUAAGGACGUUGGGUGUAUGGAUGAAGUGUUGCCUUAUAUCCUUUCAGAGUCUGUUCAAUACGUUAUGUUCACCAUUAGUAUUUUGGUUUUGAUAUCUGUUGCUAACAUGUGGAUCAUUGGAGCAAGUGUGCCUUUCACAGUCCUUUCGCUGUAUGUUAGUAAACGCUAUAUAAUCACAGCACGUGAGAUCAAAAGAAUCGAAGCCAUCACGAGCAGUCCAGUCUGCUCACACGUGACAGAUACAAUUCAAGGCAUCACGACGGUUCGUGUGUACAAAAGACAAGGAGUAUUCCUGGAUCGUUUUUACAGGUAACUCAAAGCUUUAUAGUAAGAUCGUCAUUAAAUUAACUUAGAAGGGUUGGGGGGGGAGUGGUCGGUGCAUGGUGAUACAGAUUUCUUUUAAACCUUUUGACGGAGAUUUUCGUUUAAUUUAAUAUCAUCAAAGGAAAUGCUUGAAUACAAAAUUUCUGCGCUGUUUCUACUACCUGAAGGCUGAUUUGCAGUUGUCAUCUGAUCUUUAAAAUCAUUACUUUCUAUUUUCAAAGCAAAUUUUAACUUUCGAAGCAAACAAUACUGUCGUCAGUAUGUUUUACACUCAUAAUAUGGUCAGCCGUCACCACCAAAAAUAUAAGGAUGUCAAAUAGAUCAGCAAAUACAAAGAUGGUGUAAAGAUCAGCUGUAGUAUAGCAUAGCUAAUAAAGGAAUGGCAUGGCCAAAUUAUAGACAGUCUAGUUUUCCUUCGUGAAACAGAACACCCUAAACAUGAAUAGUUUAGCCAAAUGAGAAACGGUCUAGUAGCCCAUGUUGAGUUGGAUCAUGAGAUUGUGAAAUGGACUAGCUUAAUUACGAAUAGCUUAGCACUCAUUUGCAAUACAGUACUCAAACGGUGUAGCGUUGAGUUAAACGGCUCAGGGUAACGUCGAGUAGCACAGCGUACGCACAAACGAUGUAGCGUUGCGUCAAAUGGCUCAGCGUAAUUUAGAAUGGUACAGCGUACACACAUAUGGUGUAGCGCUGCGGGAAAUGGCUCAGCGUAAUGUCUAAUGGUACAGCGUACAUAAAAACAGUGUAGCGUUGUGUGAAAUGGCUCAGCGUAAUGUCGAAUGGUACAGCGUACAUACAAACAGUGUGGCGUUGCGUGAAAUGGCUUAGAGUAAUGUCGAAUGGUACAGCGUACAUACAAACAGUGUAGCGUUGCGUGAAGUGGCUUAGCAUAAUGUCGAAUGGCACAGCGUACACACAAAUGGUGUAGCGUUGCGUGAAAUGGCUCAGCGUAAUGUAGAAUGGUACAGCGUAGACACAAAUAGUGUAGCGUUAGGUCGAAUAGCUUUGCAAAACAUCAGACGCUCUAUCUGAACAUUAAAUUACUUAGUAUUAACUGAAAUAUUUCGAUGUUGUGGCGAAUCGUCGUGGCGUGACGUGAAGGCUAUGCCAUUCCUUUAUUAGCUAUGCUAUCCUGCAGCUGAUCCUUAAGCCAUCUUUGUAUUUGCUGAUCUAUACGACAUUCUUGUAUUUUUGGUGGUGACGGCCGCCAAGGCAUCUCGCCGAAACCACCAAAAAUACAAACCGCAAAUGGAACAGCAAUCUGCUGGGGGUAUGACGUCAUCGAAUGUGAAGACUGACACGAAACCAUUACAUGGCGUAGUAUAGUCUUCACUUCGCUUUGCCGUAAAGCAGAGCCAAUUUGGUAAGUUUCUCCUCUUUUUCACUGCUGAUAUUGCACUUAUUCGUUGUCGUUCAUGAAAGCGUCAAUUAAAAUAGCAACGAGACUGAAUUCUACCACGAUUUGUCGGCCUCCCGGUUUACCACAGUUUGCACGCGUUGGUGGGCCUGAACAUGUUUAUAGUAUUAAGUAGUGUUAUGACGUGCAUUAAAUGUCAAUUGUCGAGCUCUCUUUUCCUUCUCCGACUCACGCUUACUUUUGAAUGAGAGUCCAACUUCAACGGCUCUUUGAACAUUGGAGGAGUACGUGAGAAGUUGAAUAUUGUGUGUGCCCUGGACGCCAUGAUAAGAAAACUGCUAUCCUUGAUCUGUUUUGACAUUUUUCGAUCAAAGUGACAUCGGAAUGCUUUAAUUGGUGUGCCGGACGAUAAGAGUAAGCUAAGAGAAGUCAUAUUUAUUAUUUGAAAGAGGUGUACAUUAUAUUGCUUUGUUUAUUAAUUUUUUCCUGGGUGCAGUGAUAGUAAAAGUAAUGCACCGUGCAAUUUGUGCUGCUACCUGCAAGUUUUUCUGUAUCAAUUGAAGCCAAGAGCUCGGUUUUAUGUUCGUGAUACAGGUCACGCAAGACUUAUCGAUCAAUUAACAAAAAUAAGCUAGCGAAGUCCGGGAGAUGGUCGGGCAUUUUACAAGUUGGCAGAUGGCAGGACUGCUUUACCUGACUGAGCUCCGUAUUUUAUACUCUGAUAAAACAUGCUUUUUCAACCAAUGAGAGCGCAAGUUAUAUUCGAACGUUAUUAUAAUAUGGAUUAAGCCACUUUAUCUUUGUCAUAUAAUGGUUUUUAUAUUGUAACAAAGUUUUUUUUUCUUAGUUAUCAAGAUGCAAACAACAGAGCUUUGUUCUGCUAUACUGCUUCGCUCAAGUGGCUUGGUAUUCGCCUCGAUUCUCUAAGUUCAUUCCUGGUUACUGUUGUAACUUUAGCCGGCAUUUUUCUUUCUGGUGAUACAGGUAAAUGACUUAUUCUCUUUUCUAACAUAUGUCGUAGCCAUUCUUCGCUUAAUCCUCAUGACUCAAGGAGAAUUCUUAGAAGAUCAAUAUAUACAGCGACGAGUGAUAAAAUAGUGAAACUGUCUUAUAAACUAGAAAUUCCUUUCAAGCUCUUUUUGAUAUAAAGACCCCAAAGGGCAAACCACAAUAUAUUCUCAGAUUCUUGCAGAUCGGCGGCUGAUAUUUCUUCCGUUCCUCUUCCUCUAUUUUCUAUCGGUAGGAACUUUUCAAUUUUAAGUGAUAUGAGAACUUCUUCUUUCUGCCAGUAUUUUAUUCUUCGUUAGAGAAGGAUCAUCCAUCUUGGCCUCAGAGAACUUCACGAAUCUAUCGGUAGCCAUUUAUCACUGACCGUUUCUUCAAGCAACUGCUCAUUGCAUUUAACGUGUGGUGUGUUUGCCAAUAAUUUAAUUUUAUUGCAUUUUCUCAGCUUUAUCAGGCUUAUCAAUAAGCUACUGUCUGCAGCUCACCAACACAGUUCAGUGGAUGCUGCAGGCCAUCGGAGAAACGGAGAAUUACAUGACGUCCGUCGAACGAGUUUUGAGCUACACACAACUUCAACCGGAGCCAGGCUACGACACAAUUAUCCCGCACGCUCCCAGGGAUUGGCCUGAAAAUGGUUGCGUCACUUUUCGAAACGUGUCUUUGAGCUAUUUCUUAGGGGGUCCUCCUGUCUUGAAAAAUAUCAGCUUUAGUGCCGCCGCCGGUGAGAAAAUAGGUAUUGUUGGACGGACUGGCGCUGGAAAGUCGUCGCUUAUCGCUUGUUUGUUGCGCAUGCCUGCAAACACCGAAGGAGAAAUCAUAAUCGAUGGAAUUUGUGUUGCUGAUCUCAACGUCCAGGAUGUUCGCACCGCGAUUGCAGUCAUUCCUCAGAGUCCUUUCCUCUUCAAUGACGUGCUUCGUCGAAGUCUUGAUCCAGCUGGCAAAUUUACUGAUGAAGAGUUAUGGGACAUUUUGGACAAAGUUAAGCUGAAGUCGACUGUGGUAAAUAGAGAUGGACAACUUUACUGUCACGUGACAGAAAAUGGAGCUAAUUUCAGCGUUGGAGAGCGGCAGUUGAUCUGCUUCGCUCGCGCUCUUUUGUUCGGUAAAAAAGUUAUUGUAAUGGACGAGGCAACAUCCAGUGUGGAUACACAAACGGAUGAACUGAUACAAAGUAUCAUUCGUAAAGAAAUGAAUCACUGUACUGUUUUGACAAUUGCACAUCGUCUGAGUACUGUAUCUGAUUAUGACCGAAUAAUGGUACUCAGCGAAGGGAAAAUUAUCGAAAUGGAUUCUCCUAAGGUUUUACUGAGCAAUGAGCUCAGUUAUUUUUACCAGCUAUAUCACAGUGUGAAGUCCUAA